AUGGAGGAAGAAUCUGCAAAGGACCUUCUCUUCAAAGACCAGGACUUCUCCUCCGAACUACUGAGGCAGCUCAACGUUUUAAGGCAAAACGGGAUGUUGACUGAUGUUACUCUCUGCACUAGCGAGUUUGAAAUCCCUUGCCACAGGAAUGUGCUGGCUGCAAGCAGUCCUUACUUCAAGGCAAUGUUCUGUAACAACUUUAAAGAGAGUUGCCAGGCAAAAGUUGACUUGAAAGGCAUUGACUCCAAUAUUUUGUAUCAGAUUGUCCUUUAUGUUUACACAGGAGAGAUUCUUAUAACAGCCGAGAACGUCUUGUACCUAAUGGAGGCCACUUCCAUGUUACAGUACAUUAAAUUGUUCCAGGCCUGCUCCUUGUACCUCCAGGACCAGCUGACUCCUGAGAAUUGCCUGAGCCUGAUAAGGCUCUCUGAAAUCUUGAACUGCCAGAAUCUCAAUAAGAAAGCCAAGGAGAUGGCUCUGAAAUAUUUUCCUGAAGUAGCCUCUUCUGAAGACCUGAAGGAGCUUUGUGCAUUGGAGUUGAUCAAUUACCUUGGAGACGAUGAGCUCUGUGGUGAGGAGGAACAAGUGUUUGAGACACUCAUGGUCUGGAUCCGGCACGAUCUCCAGGCGCGACAGGGCUAUAUCCAAGAUUUGUUCAAGAAGGUCCGGCUUCAAUACGUCCACCCAACCUUCCUUUUCCACUUCAUUGCCAAUGACUCCCUCAUUCAGUCUUCACCCGCUUGUAGAAGCAUCCUGGAAUCAGCUAGGAGACAGAUGUUUUCAUUAUACAGCACCAGCGCUCCUGACAUCAAACCCAUGUGGCACGUUCCCCGCAGAUAUUCGUACCAAGAGUUCCUCAUAAUCAUUGGUGGCAGGAAGGACAACCAGACGACAACCAGGGACGUCCUCCUAUAUGAUGAGAAGACCAACCAGUGGCUGAGCCUCGCCAAGCAUCCUGUGCGCCUUUACAAAGCCUCUGCAGUGAGCUUGCAUAGCAAUAUCUAUGUGCUAGGAGGGAUGCCCGUUAGCUGUGAGAAAAGUCCAGUCAGUGAUAAUGUUUAUAUUUUCUCCCUCAAGCUAAAUCAGUGGAGGUUAGUUGAACCCAUGCUGGUUCCACGCUAUUCUCACAGGAGCAUAGCCUAUAAGAACUACAUUUUCUCAAUUGGAGGAAUUGGAGAGAACCAGGAAAUUCUGAAUUCCAUGGAGAGGUACGACAGCAUUUAUAACAUCUGGGAGAACAUGGGAAACAUGCCCGUUGCUGUCCUUCACCCUGCCGUUGCAGCUAAAGACCAAAGAAUUUAUCUCUUUGGAGGGGAAGACAUUAUGCAAAACCCUGUCCGUCUAAUACAGGUUUACCACAUAUCCAGGAACAUGUGGUUUAGAAUGGAGACCAGAAUGGUGAAGAAUGUUUGUGCACCAGCAGUGGUGAUUGGAGACCGGAUUAUCAUUGUUGGAGGGUACACCCGGAGAAUAAUCGCCUACGAUACUAAGGCCAACAAGUUUGUUAAGUGUGCAGACAUGAAGGACAGACGGAUGCAUCACGGAGCUGCUGUGAUCAAAAACAAGCUAUAUGUUACCGGAGGGCGCUGUCUGACUGCAGACAAUACAAUCCAAGACUCUGAUUCAUUGGACUGCUAUGAUCCUGAGACUGACACAUGGACUUCGAAGGGGAAACUCCCACACAAACUCUUUGACCAUGGAUGCCUUGCUCUUCAGUGUGUCCCCUAUUCCAACCUCCUGUAA